ACAGCCUGCCUGCCUGCCUGCCACACGUUAGCGGCGCGGCUUAUUCUCGACUAGCAUAACGCGGACUCUCAUCUAUUUUAGCUAUCUGAGUAAUGUAGGAUGGCGUCUACUUUUGGGAAGAUUGUCGUCGGUACCUACGUGGAAAUAAAACGGAGUGAUGGACGAAUACACCAGGCCAUGGUGACCUCACUGAAUGAGGACAACGAGAGCGUCACAGUGGAAUGGAUAGAAAAUGGAGACACAAAAGGGAAAGAGAUUGAUUUGGAGAGCAUAUUUGCACUAAACCCAGAUGUGGCCCCAGAUGAGGAGAUUGCCCCCAGCCCAGAGACCCCACCCCCGCCCACACCUACAUCUGUGAAAGUCAACAGAAUUGCAAAGAACCGUCGGACAAUAGCUGCUACUAAAAGUGAGACUCCAUCCAGAGAUAACAGAGUGGUGUCGACCCGGGCCAGGCCACCACAGCCUCAGCAGCCAGAACCAGCGCCACCUCCCCCAUCCCAGCAGCCUGCCCAACCCACCCAAACCCAGACGCAACAACAGCUGCAGAAUGCAAGGAGAAAGUCCAACUGCGUGAAGGAGGUGGAGAAACUACAAGAAAAGAGAGAGAGGCGCCGGCUUCAGCAGCAGGAGCUGAGGGAAAAGAGAGCCCAGGAAGUAGACACCACCAUCCCCAACUAUGAGAUCAUGUACAUGAUCCGAGAUUUCCGAGCCAGUCUGGACUACCGGCCCCUGACUACCGCAGAUCUGAUUGAGGAGCACAGAAUAUGUGUUUGUGUCAGGAAACGUCCACUCAACAAGAAAGAGCUGACCAUGAAGGACUUGGAUGUGAUAACCAUCCCCAGUAAGGAUGUUGUGAUGGUCCAUGAGCCUAAACAGAAGGUGGACCUGACCCGCUACCUGGAGAACCAGACCUUCCGGUUUGACUACGCCUUCGAUGAGAGCACUACCAAUGAGAUGGUUUACAGGUUCACCGCCAGGCCUCUGGUGGAGACCAUCUUUGAAAGGGGCAUGGCCACUUGCUUUGCAUAUGGACAGACAGGCAGUGGAAAAACACACACCAUGGGUGGAGAUUUUUCUGGAAAGAACCAGGAUUGUUCCAAAGGAGUUUAUGCACUAGCUGCUCGGGAUGUAUUUCUCAUGUUGAAGAAACCCAACUACAAGAAGUUAGAUCUACAAGUGUAUGCAACCUUCUUCGAAAUCUACAGUGGAAAGGUGUUUGACCUACUGAACCGUAAAGCCAAGCUGAGGGUGCUGGAGGACGGUAAGCAGCAGGUACAAGUGGUGGGGCUUCAGGAGAAAGAGGUCAAGUGCACAGAGGACGUCCUUAAACUUAUAGAAGUGGGGAACAGCUGCAGAACAUCAGGGCAAACGUCUGCCAAUGCCCACUCAUCGCGUAGCCACGCUGUCUUCCAGAUCAUUCUGCGGAGGAAGGGAAAGAUGCAUGGCAAGUUCUCCCUCAUCGACCUCGCCGGGAAUGAGAGAGGUGCCGACACUUCCAGCGCCGACCGCCAGACCCGUCUAGAGGGAGCUGAGAUUAACAAGAGUCUCCUGGCACUUAAGGAAUGUAUUCGGGCUCUUGGCCGUAAUAAGCCGCACACUCCAUUCAGGGCCAGCAAGCUCACCCAAGUUCUACGGGACUCCUUUAUUGGGGAGAACUCCCGCACGUGUAUGAUUGCUACCAUCUCUCCUGGUAUGACAUCGUGUGAGAAUACCCUCAACACACUGCGUUAUGCCAACAGAGUGAAGGAGUUUGGGAUCAGUCCAUCGGACAUCCCCUUCUCCCAGGGCAGUCAGGGAAGCCGCCCUGAGCACUCACCCACCAACACCUUUGAGUAUGAUGACUUUGCUGCUACUUCUCCCAGCAGGGUGAAGGAGCUAACAGUGGAUCCCAACCAGGUGAUGGAGGGUGGCCGACCCAACAUCCAUGCAGUCAAUCAGCUGGACCUUCUGGACGAGGAGUGGCUGAGCAGCUCACCACAGAGGGAUGAUCUCAAACUGCUCUGUGAGCAGAAUGAAGAGGAAGUGUCCCCCCAGCUCUUCACCUUCCAUGAGGCUGUGUCUCAAAUGGUGGAGAUGGAGGAGCAGGUUCUGGAGGAUCACCGCGCUGUUUUUCAGGAGUCUAUCCGGUGGCUGGAGGAUGAGAAGGUGCUGUUGGAGAUGACGGAGGAGGUGGAUUAUGAUGUGGACUCCUAUGCCACCCAGCUGGAGCAGAUCCUGGACCAGAAGAUAGAUAUCCUCACUGAGCUGCGAGACAAAGUGAAGUCGUUCCGCGCUGCGCUCCAGGAGGAGGAACAAGCCAGUAAGCAAAUCAAUCCCAAGCGGCCGCGUGCUCUGUAGGUGCUGGUGGCCCAGGAGGCUUAACGUGGCAGUCCAGAGACCACUAGAGACGUGUGGAGCAGCUCCGGCUGUGACUAGAAGAUAAAGGAUGUGUCUGAUAACAAGCAGGCUGGCAGCAGAUUACAUGAAAUACUCCUCCAAACUUAACGUGGCUGUUAGUUUACUCUGGUCUUGUAAGAAGUUAGGGAGGGAAAUGAUCUUUAUUUCCCCUUCUUCUUUCUUUUUUUUUUUUUUGGUAGUUUUUAUUUUGUGGAUGAUGGUUAGUUUCAUGCCCCUGCCCUUUAUUUUAUUUUAUUUAUUUUCUACUUAUUUGUACUUUCGUUAAAGGAAUGGCUGUUGACCUUGUUCCGGAGGGCUCAUCUGGAACAUGCUUUACGGUUUACGAUGUGACACCAGUGUUUGGUUUCUGGUAGCUGUGGCUGACAUGUCUGCAUGUGCACUCAGUGAUGGCGUAACGCCAGCGUCCCCCAUCGUCACGCUCUUGGGUCCCCCCUCAUUCAGCACUGUGUACCGCUGUGUCUCAUUAGGUUCUGUCUUCUCCUCGCCAAACCUUCUGAGUUUCAGACUGCGGGGAAGAGCCCCGAGUUUAGUCCUGCUGCUCCUCCUGUACUCCACUUCAUCGUCCAGCUCAACUUUUUAAUAGUAGUUUGUUUUGUGCCAUGUCAGUUCGUGUGGCUACCGUCUCAUAAUAAAGAAAAGGUAAUGUAAAAAACAAGUUUCCACCCCAUUUAACACUUUGUUAUAAAAACGAAACUAGAAAAAACACUAUUACCAGAUAUAAAGUGAAUACCACUGACCGUAUGUCGAGUCUGUUGCUCAGUGUUUGCACCAGAUGUAAUGCUGGAUGAAGAAUAAAUACUCACAUGUUUGA